AUGAAGUACAACGCCUCUCUGCUGAACAGUAAGCCGCGUUCUUCGACCUCACCAACGUCUACGGCGAUGUUCAUGGCAAGUCCUUCGGGAUUGCUCGAACCAAUAUUCUUUCACUGGUGGGCUCAGAUGAUUCAUCUGGUGGGCUAUUCUCGAUGCGUCCCGAAUCAACCAUUCUGCAGGCACAAUGCUCAGAAUACCUGGAAUAAGAAUAUCGUCGAGUUCGCAGAGCGGCAGCGCCACCUGAAAGAAAAGUCCAAGUUCGGCUGCAAAUGCGAGCUGUGUUCGCUGCCGCUUUGUAAGCGGGAACUAAGCGACGAGCAGCUUAUGAAGAUUCAAGGUAUUGACAGGUUCAUCGGAGAAGUCUUUUUGGGUGGCGGAGAUCCGGUGGCGGCGCUGAAUCUCUUGAGAAUGAUAUUUGGUCUCUUUGACAAGGAAGGUAUCUGGGAUGGUACAAUUACUCGAGCUUACAAGGACGCAUUUAAUAUCGCCACGGAAAAUGAUGAUGCUGCAUAA